GGAAAAAAGGAAGCAGCCAGUGCAGCGAUAGAAAACAGACCUUUUACUUCGUAAUGUAAUUCGCGCCAAGCCCAUACUGUUCGAAAAAAGUUCAAUCUGAAUGCGUAAAAACUGUAUAAUCACUUUGCCUCACGAAUGAUAAAUGUCCGAAAAAAAAUUAGCAAGCGGCACAGCAGCCUUUAGCCAGGAAGAAUAUAAUGAUUAUCAAACGUAUCUCUUGUCAGAAGCAGAAUGGCCAGGUGUCAACGUUGGUAAAGAUUCACAUGUAACAGUCAACAUACCAAUGCUCAUUAUGGAGUUAUUUCGAUUAGUUCCAUAUAAAGAAAAUCGUUAUGUGCAUUUUCAUCCGUUCAAUAUGCCUCAUGUUAAAGUACGAAAGAUUGAACUGGUGGGAAUAGUUAUGAACAUUAGACGCAAUGUCAAUACUUUGUUUCUAACAAUUCAAGAUGGAACAGGUGUAGCACAAGUUAAUUACCAGGUAGAAAAAUAUGCAUCUUUAUUGAAACAACGGAAGGAGAUUGACGAAAAGUAUAGAGAGCAAGCUAGAAAUUUAAGGAUGUAUAAAACAAGUACAGCCAUCCAAGAUUACCCAAAGAAAUUUCCAGAGAUACGUCCAAAUUUUUCUUACACAGAUAAUGUUUCUUUUCAAGAUAAAGCUGUUUUAGAGAACAAAUGGUCAUCAGAAACAAAUAAUGGUUUAUUAGGUAAAGAAAUUCAAUUGCUCGAUUAUGUGUAUAUCAAUGGAUAUCCCUGUCUUGAUGGGAUGUUUCAAAAGAUACCCGAAGAAGGAGUCACAACAGAAUUUACUGAGUACGCAAGGUUGACGGUGUUUGCAGUAUCUGUAACGUGUAUAUCUGAAAAAACAUACAAUGAAAAGUUGUCUAUGUGGAUGAAUACCGUUAUUUGCCGAAGAUAUACAAAGAAGUAAAGGGAAGUGGAAAGUUCUUGCAAAAUAAUGUUGAGGUCUAUACAAGUGAGAUGAAAAAAAUGAUUGCGACAUUUAUGAUGAUUCUUCUUUAUUCAGAAGUGAAAUACCUGUUGUAAAAAGAACGAAGAUUUGAAAAAGAGUAAAUAUUUGUUUUUAGAAGAACACAACUGAAGAGACGUCUCUGAUUUUGACAUACAUUGCCACGCUCCUGAGCAACUUCCAUUAUGAUAAUUGUUUAAACAAAAGUUAUCAACACGAACAUGAAGAAAUGAACUUUUAUUUCUUUAUUAUUCAUUCAUUUAUUUACAAAGGAAUUUAACAAACCAACAUUACAAAGUAACGAUAUAUAUAAAAAUAAGUCAACAUUUAUACAACUCAUUUUCAAUAAAUUCUUGUAUAAAAUAUACUUUAGUCAUUUCAUUAAGAAAAUUGAGAACGCGCUUAUAGCGAUGUUGGAGCGUUAUCGAAAGAUGAGUAUCGCUUAUAUUGUAAACGCGAUAAUUGCGCGUUUUUACAGCGUACUGCUAA